AGAAGGCGGCACUAGCAGCAGCAUCCGCGGCAAUCAUCGUUCAUUGCAGCGCUCCAAAACAAAAACCAAACUCGUGAACGGUCGACGCUGAUGAACACCCACACCGAAUGCAGCGGCAGUCCACCGAUUCCAUCGCAAGAGCAGCAGAUCUGAGCCGCCCCAUUAUGAGUGAAGCACCCAAUCCCCCUGCGAGCAGCGUUCCACCGGAGUCCAAUCUAGCUGCGGAGAUCUAUCACAGCAUUGCAUCGACGGCCACCGAUCAGAAUGUGCUCAUGUCGCCUCUGCUCCUGGAAGCCAGUCUGGCACUCCUCUACCUUGGCUCAGAUGGAGCCACCGCAGAAGAAUUCCAGAAGCUGUUGCGGCUCAAGCAACGCUUCCCAAGCAAUGCCAAGAUGGCCAACUAUUACGCUGCAGAGCUUGCAAAUGUAACCAGGGAUGCUGAUACCCACGUUGAAUUGCAGAACCGCCUGCUGAUACAGCCGAGCCCUGAGUCCAGCCCUGGAGGGAUAGCUGAAGAUUUUCAGAAAAUUGCUCAAACAUACUUUCAUGUGACUGCCGAGUGCAUCAAUAUGGAACAGACGGAGAAGCUGCGUCGUCACGUAAGCGAACAGAUAUUGGCCGCUGUUGGAGGCGGCAACUGGCAAUCGACUCUUGUAGAUAGUGGUCAUGCGGCCAAGCUGCUGCUCUUGCUGGCGGCGAACCUCCAAAGCAAGUGGUUUCUUCCCUUUAGUGCAUACCGUACGGGUCUCUACGAGUUCCACAGCAACAAAGGCGAAACAUCAAAGUCGGUGGCCAUGCUGUUCGACGACGAUAUGUUUGUGAAGUACGCGGAGCUGAGGGAACUGAACGCCCGCGCCAUUGAGCUUCCCUACGAGCACGCUGAAGAAUUGUCCAUGCUGCUAAUCCUGCCCAACCAACGCGAGGGACUCGCGAAACUGGAAAGCCAGCUGCGCGGAAUCGAUCUGGGCGCAUUGCAGCAGUGCAUGCAAAUGGAGGGAGUGCAGGUGCUGCUGCCUAAAUUUAGUAUCGAUUUCGAGUGCAGCUUGCGGCAGCCCUUGAAGCAGCUCGGUUUUGAAGAGAUCUUUUCGGCAUCGGCGAACUUUAAGCAUGUGCAUCCCUCCGGAAAUCUGCCCGUAGCCGACGUUCUCCAAAAGUUGCGGAUUAACCUAAAUGAGUCUGGUUCUGGAUCGGAACCACCCAGAGCCGCGGCAGAGUAUAAACCCAUUGUGAUCAGCAAUUCCUCCCGUCAAAAGUUCUUUCGGGCCGACCAUCCAUUUUUCUUUGCCAUACGCAGUGAGAAUGUCACCUACUUGAUGGGACACGUGGUAGAGUUUUAGAGCCCUGCGAUGAUCGUGCAGAUAUGUAGAAGUUGGGCUCUAAGCAUUUCAGCACGAUUCGUGAUGUAAUUAUCCUUCCCGGAGAACAAAACCAAUUGGUC